UUUAGCUCGUUCAAAUUACAAAUGGCUUCUUAGACGCGAAACAUGACUCGAUGAAAAUGAAUGGGGGCAAGCAAGUUGUUGAUUCAUCUGCGUGCAUAUUACUUCAUCAUACUGCUUCUCGUCAGACUUGAUUUUAGUAGGUCGACUCUUAUUGUUCGCUGUCAAGUGUUAAAUACGCACUAACGAGAUCAUGCUUAACGAGAGCGAUGGUGAUACGGAAAACGAUUCAACAAUGUCAACGACAUCGUCCAAGACAGAUUCAAAAUUUCGUCCGCAAAAUGAAUUGGUAUACAAUAAAUUUUUACCUUACGCGGACGAACUCGAAGCGGAAUCGCAAAUGUGUCUUGCCGAGAUCAAGGAAAAUUUGGGACGUGCGGUCAUGCUGCGUGAACUUAAACCAGGAUGUGUCUGUUGGGUAACCAGACUAAAUUUGUAUACACAAUUAUAUGGGAUGAAAUUUAGUAAAGAAGAUCAUAUAGCAUUUGUAAAAUUAAUGUACGAGCUUGUUACCAUACCAAAAUUGGAAGCAAAUCUUUUCAACAAAUUUGGCAAUGUAUUAGUGACACUGUUAAAAAAGAAAAAAUUAAUUAGACCCGACGAAUUAGAACUUCCAUGGAAACCUUUAUAUAAAAUUACAGUACAGUAUUUUAAACCUGAUCCAAUUGGAAUAUAUCGUCAGCCUAAAUUUUUAAAAAAUACAUUAUAUUACGUGGUCCAGGCUGUAAAGAUUUAUUUUCCUUUGAGUGCUACACAAGAAAUAUUAGAUGAAUUAAGACCAAAACUCUGUCCUCUUAACGGAGCAACAAUGUGCACAACCAUUCAAAUUUUAGAAUGGUUUUUACCAUUGCAAUUACCUCCUGAGCAUCAUUCUAUGGGAUAUCAGUUGUGGUUUGAUGAGUUUAUGACUAUGUGGAAGGUAUGCCGCAAUGGUCCGCAAUGGGAAAAUGAUAUGAUGACGUUAAUGGCCAUGUUGGCCGUUUAUAAUAUAGGAUACAUUGAUUGGGAACCACAUUUUCCUUUAAUGUAUACCACAUUUUUACGAUGCUUAAAUCUACCAGUAACAUAUAAGAAGAUACCAAACAAUUUGAAUCAUAAAAUAGAAAUGGUAUCAAUAGCCAAAUGGAUAAUAGCGACUCUGGUAAGAUUAUACACAUAUCAGAUUAUUUUAUACAAUUUUUUUUAAAUAUAUUGAUUAUAAGAUAAAGAAUUUUUGGAAACUUGAAAACUUUAUUAUUUUAUAAUCACAAUAUAUUUAAAAAAUUUAACAAUUAAAUAUUUUAUUUGCUUUCACAGAGAGAGAUAUGCUAAACCAACUUGGGAAACUCCAACUCCUGAGAAUUAUAAAUUAAUUGAUUCUGAUGUUGAUGCUUUUGUUAAAAGUAUGUUGCCAAUAACUAAAACGGCCAUGUUUAAUAAAUUUUGUACGAAUGAUGCCUAUCAAGCUUUACAAUAUUUAGCUGCUAUGAGACCGAAUUUAGUAAUACCGGACAUAUUAGAAAGAAUGCAGUCUACAUUCGAUUCUUUGACCGAACCACAUAAACUUACAGCAUCGAUAAUCUGUAUGGUAGCCAUUGCCAAACCAAUGGUACAAGGUUCUAGGAAUAUAAACGAAGGUUACGUCUAUUCGGAAGGUCCAAUGCAUGUAUUGCCGCUACUGUUCUCCUUGUUACCCGGAAUUGAUGCAAAUGACAUUGGAAAAAGUUUUGCUACGUUCCGUCUAAUUUCCGUUUACGCUAUGUUGAUUCCCAUUGUGGAUUCUUCUAAAUCGACUGCGAUUAUGACCGAAGAAGAGAGAAUCAUUUGCGAAGCAACAUCGCGUUUUGAAGACUUUAUAUUGCAGUUUUUCGAUAGGAUAUUCACCUUUAUAGAUUCUAGUUCGUCGGAGAACGUGCGACUCGAGAACAACGACGGUAAUUCGAAGAGUAAACUUGAAUCGAUGGUGGAAGUGGUGCUUUCGAGUCUGUGCGUGGCUCUCUUGAGACAACUCAGCGAUGCGAUUUUUAAGAGCGCUCUACAUAAAUUACACAAAUUCGUGACGGAACGUAUCCUCGAAACCAAGAUUGCUGGCAGACUAGUGGCAGUUGUAUGCAAAUCUUUUUCCCGUGUCAACGGACAUGAUACCCUACGUACGUUAUUGCCUGUAUUUGCGGAUAUAAUUUUGCCAUUGAUAAACGAGGAUGAUAUUCUGAAGGAAGAGAACUUGGAUCAUCGUCUCUCAUAUGCCCUGCUCAUACUAUCAUCAAUCGUUGACACGCCCGGCAACAAUUUAAUACCGCAUAUGGAUACGUUGUUCGAAAUCCUCGAUCGUGUUCUACUUCUGAAAUCAAUAGACGGCAAUGGGCUAGCCUGUUCUCUAUUAAAUUGUAUUCUAUCGUCAUUAUCGAAUGUCACUCCAUGGCAAUGUAGAUCCAAACAAAGAGAUUUCAACGAUCCUAAUUAUCCUUAUGUUAGAGAUUGGGGUGAAAGAAUAGAUGUUGAUGAUGUUAAUAUCAAAUGGUAUGUUCCCGGCGAAGAGGAGAUCGCUAUUGCACAACGAAUAUUCUCAAGAUAUUUGCCAACUCCAAUUGAUACACUUAAUGCAUAUUGCAAAGAUACCAGCAUGUUAAGUAGGGAAGAGCUGUUUGCCUGUUUGAAUAUUGUACGCAGCAUUAUUAGAGGUACCGAAUCUAUCCUACCAGUAUGGACAGAAACACCACUCGAAUUAAUCAAAUCUUCCGUAAAGCGAAGUGUUAUAAUUCCCACGUGUGGAGUGAAAGGACAUAUCACAAUGCCUGAUGGCAGCAAUGUAAGAUAUUAUCUUGCCGGGAUCAUGAGCCAAGUCCAACGAGCAAUGCUUGAGAAAGCAGAGGAUAAUACAAAGAGUUUUUUUGAAUUAAUACGGAUUUGGUCUAGUCUGUUAUUAGGAAAGGUACGGUUGUACGAAUGUACCUAUGAGAAACGAUGCAAAAAUUUCUUGAUUGUCAAGGAUACAUUUGAGAAUAAAUUAGUAAAAAAGAAAAGUUAUAUAGGUGCGGUGAUAACAGAACGUUGUGAUAUGCAGCACGAAUUGAGACUUAUUGCGCAAACGUUUACAAUUACGGAAACCCAUAAACGAAUAAUAUUAGAACUUUUUACGCUGGCUGUAAGCAGAUACGCAGAUGUUCGAUCAAAAGCACAAGCCAGUCUCUUGUCUACUUUUAAACAUGUUCCAUUUUCUUAUUCGUUUAUAAUUCCUCAUCUUCUCGAUAUUUUAGCGAGAGACACAGAGAAACAUCACGAUGCGUACAAGGGUGCUCUAUAUAUGAUUCUCGGAUCCCAAAAUAUUACUCUUAUCACAGUAGAUGAUUUUAAUACAGUGGCAUCACUGUUGUCAGCCAUUGUACUUUCUAAGCCAUCUGAAAAGCUCUCUGUGAUCCGCCUAAAACAGAAUAUCACAGACUUUAUGAGUAAAUGUUUCUAUCUGAAUUUGCUCGAAGCCGAAAUAUCCGAAACAUGUUUGGAAGCUGCGUGCGCUUUGUGGAAACUUGCUCCUCAGCCGACUUUGCCGCAGCCUAAUGAGAAUGAAAUACAGGAAGGAGCAGAGAAUCUGAAGCAACUCCGUCAAUCUAAUCUGGCGACGUAUACUCAUCUGCUUGACGAACUUUUACGUUGUAUACUCGAGGAAUCGUUGCAUUGGCGGCACAGAUUAAUGGCAAUGGUUUUCAUACGAAACUUGGUACAUCCAAAUCAUGCAUAUUCCGUAAAAUUAGUGCGUUACUUUCUGCAAGCGCUUAUACAUGAUUCCCUAAGUGAAAGAAAGAUUGCCAUUAGAAUAGUGACAUUUAUAUUGAAACAACAAAAGCGGAAACAUCCAAAGAUAACAAUUGAUGUACGCAGCUUACUUGGUGAAAAUACAUCAAAUGAAGAGAAAAAAUCGCGGAAUGUCACGCCCGGUAUGAGAGCUGACAAUUCUUGGCUUCAAUACAAUUACGAAACUCGUCCGCUGACUGCCGAACAAUGGGAUGAACCUAGAUACAUUCAUCAGUUCCAUGUGGGUUAUUAUGUUUGGCCAAAAACUUUGGAAGUAUACGCACCUUCGUCUCAACAGCCCUGUCUUGAUCCGGAAGUGCGCAAGUUUACGGAUUGCGAAAAGGAGAUUUGUUACUUCUUUGAUGAUCCGCAAAACAUCGAAAAACUUAUAAAAUAUUUCAGUCUGGAGGAGAAGAAGGGCAAAGAUAAAUUCAACGCGUUCAAGUAUUUUCUAUUUGAGGGCCUUUUUCGUAAUCACGGGAUCGUUUUUCUAAAGCAUUUCUUGCCACAUUUGCAGCGACUGGUGGUGGACAAGCACGAGAGCAGCCAACGAUGCGCCGCAGAGAUUGUGACCGGAAUUAUUAGAGGCGCCAAGCACUGGCCAUUCCAGAUGACAUGCGACCUAUGGCAGGUAUUAUUGCCUAUCAUAAGAACCGCAAUCGCGAAUCUUACGGAAGAGACUAUCACAGACUGGGGUAUGUGCUUCGGUUUGACGCAAGAACAAAGAGAUCCAAACAGGCAUCACUGGUUACUCGAAUGUCUAAUGGAGGAGCCUCCUUUGAAAGAUUCAUUUGUGGAAUGCGGUCGCCUGUAUGUUUUACAAGCCGCCUUGCAUCAGCAGUCAUGGCGAGUCACAGAAUUGCUGCAACGUUUGUUGGUGCGCCUAGAAGAUCGAUUACUGGCCAAUCCGUUUCAAAAUGUCCGAAGACAGCUGGCGUCAGUGCUAGUCACUGUAUUUUCAGCUGAUCUUAGCUUUCCACGCGACACGACCGAUAGUGCAACUCCACGAAUGCGAGCUCUAAUUGACAAGAUUAUACCGAAAUUAGAGCGACUUAUAAAAGAUAACGAUGCAAUCAAACUGCAAUCAGUCACUCAAAAUUUCGAUAAUAUGAACAAUAUAAUAGAAAAGUUGGCUAACGUCCCAUUCAAUGAAUCAGAAGAAGCGUUGAUAUCCGAAAAAGAACAAGAGAUGUCAAAAAGAUUGUUGAAAACUGUUUGUACAUGGAUUAUCAUUAGCCUGCAGCCUUCAGAGCAUGCCACGAUAUUAGAAUUUUAUAAGAUAUUUGUAAUCAUAUGUCAAUUGGAAAGCUCGGAAGCAGAUGAGGAACUCAAUAAAUUGUGUUUACGUACUUUGGCAAUGCUUGCACAGGCGUUCAUGUUACCAGAGAAUAUAUCAGUAGCGUUGAAUGCGGUGAAAACGGUAUCUGAGCACUCAUCAUGGUCCACUAGGUUCGCUAGCUUGGAAUUCCUUCAAGUAUUAGUUUUCCAUAAUAUGGGCAUAAUUCUUAGUAAUGCAUUAUGGAUUAACUGCGUUAAAGAUAUUGUUUUACACUUAUUAGAGGAUGUCUGUUUAGAAGUCAGAGAGAAGGCUAGCCAAGUACUUGGUGGGCUAUUACACUGCACGCUUAUUACAGAUCAAGAGAAUUUACUGGAAGAGUUUAAAAGAAAGGCAAAGAUCAAAUUACAAAAGAAAAACAAUUCUACCGAUAAGAAUGUAUCGGAUAACAUCCAGAUUAACGCAAUGUGUAUACGUCAUGCUGGCGUGCUCGGACUUUGUGCUUUCAUUCGUGCUCAUCCAUACGACGUGCCUGAGUACAUUCCUUCAGUCUUUGAACAUCUCGAACAUCAUAUGCGUGAUCCAGAACCUAUACCAAUGACAAUAAGGAAAACUUUGAGUGAUUUUAAACGGACACAUUAUGAUGGUUGGACAGGAAUUAAAGGUCACGCACAAUCCUUUACGGAAGAGCAACUGGCCGUUUUAGAAGAUUUAACAGUGCCGCCAUCACAUUAUGCUUGAUGAGAAAUAAUAUAUUUCACACUCAGAAUUUAUAGUUUUACUUAAAUACUGAUAUGUGUUAUUCUUUUCUUCUUUGUAAUUAUUUUUUUUUGUGAUGUAUAUAAUGAUGAAUAUAAUGAUAAUCAGCUUUCAAAGACUAAUGAGAUUAUUAGAUGUUUCUGAUAUAUGUCAAUGCUAUUUAAGAAUAAAUUAUUAUACUAUUAUAAAAAAUAUAUUAUUCUUAUAUUAUAAUUAUUAAAAAGAUAUGAAUAUAUGUAUAUUAUAUAUAAAAAUAAAAUUAUAUAUUUGUUUUAAAUAUACAUAUAUACGUAUCAAAACUCAUGAGAAUUUCAGAUUAAUCUUGUAAUCUUAUUUCUAUCAAUUGCAUGCCACAAA